AUUCUGCAAGAGUAUCUCCCUUGGAAACCGCUCCCUGGGGGUUAGACUGGUAGUGAACUUAGGGGGCAGUAAGAAAAGUAAGUUCAGUCUCGUCUAGCCCCCAGAGGUCUCCUCUCUAUGCCUUUGAAGAAGGGACUUCCUGUAAGGACUCCAUCUUGUCCACUAACAAAGUUGCUUGGGACUUGCUCUCACCUUCUUGUGCUGCCCUCCCCAAACUUCUGCAAACCCCGAGCUCUAGACCACACAGAUUCCCUUUAAGAGAGCCCUGUGAGGACAUUGGUGAAACGUCACUGCCUUAAGGACACACCAUGGAACACAGUGAUGGUAGCAGCUCUCCUCAAGGAGAAAAUAAAGGUCGAGAUUCUUCCCAGGGGAGUUUUGGAAAGGAGAACUUUCAUGAUGAACAUGAUGGGUAUGAGCUCCCACCUCCCCACCUUCAGAAGGAAGAUGAAAAUGUAGAGGUGGGGGAUGUCCACGAGGACCCCCAAAUAAGAAACAUCCCCUCUACCUUACAACCCAAUAGUAGGAGUGUGGAAUGCCGUAGUGAAUACCAAGAUAGAAUUCCUCCAGAGAGAGAAGUGGAGAAGAACACACAGAAUGGAGACCUGGGGACCUGGUUCAAGGUCACAGUGAGUGUCCUGAGAAAAUGCAAAAGCUGUGCAGGAAAGGUGGGUCAGGGAGAGUUGUGUUAAUCACACGUAGAAAUACUAGAUAUUUUUCUGAGGACGGGGGGAGUUAACAUCUAAGCACAGGUUCAGAAAAACAAUGUAAAGGGAACAGGCUGACUGCAAGAGGACACAAGAGGUUGUCUAAAUGCAAAGGUGGAAACUACUGCCAAGAAGAUGGAGCAGCUCUCCACAAGAUGCCUCA